AUGCCAAAGAACAGUGCCAUCAACACUUUCAUCCACAAUCUGGCAAGAGACGGAAUACGUUGGAUUGGGCUGAAUGACAUCGACAACGAAGGGCAGUGGGUUUUUGAAGACAGCCAAACACUUGCGUCAUCCGGCUAUGCCAACUGGGCCCCCGGUGAACCGAACGAUAGUGGAGGGGCCGAAGACUGUGCCUUGGUUUUUGGGUCCACGCACACCUGGAAUGAUGGACCCUGCACCGUCAGCACGGUAGCAUUCAUCUGCCAGCUAGGACCAGGCACCACCUCAGCUACCGUGACGAGUCUGCCAACCACGAAAUACACCUUCACCCUGACUUCUUUCGACGAGGACGACGAGAUAAACCGGGAGAUCGGUGGCACAUACGCCACAUUUCCAGCGGCAGAGCUAUCGGGGCUGACCCUCGAUGAUGCCGGGAUUGGUCAUCUGACCGUUUCCUGGACAGUCGUGGGGAAUCUUCCGAUCUCGCGCUACAGUCUCAGCUACCAGCCGGCAGACGGGUCGGGCUCGUACCAGGACCUCUCCCCCGCACCAGGACCGGACGCCACCUCGGCAACAGUGCCGGGACUGCUGGCCGACACGGAAUACACCCUCACGCUGACUUCUUUCGACGAGGACGACCAGCCAAACGGGGAGAUCAGUGGCACAUACACCACAGAUUCGUUUGUGGUGAACGUAGUGUGCGACCAGGACAGUAUGAGUCUGUCCAUCCCCCGUGCGGCGCUGCCGGCUGUGAAUGUGGAGAACCUGCACCUACUGGAUCCGGACUGUGGAGCCACUGAGGACGAGGACGAAGACGUCUUUAAGCUGGAGACACACCUGCAGGAGUGCGGAACCCGGCAGGAGACCUCAGGAGACGACAAAUUCAUCUUCUCCAACGAAGUCAUUGCCAACCAAGUGACUCAGGCCAACGGCGCUGUGCGUAACCAGCCGGUAAACCUGCCCUUCCAGUGCGAGUUCCUCCGUCAGCACGUGGUUUCCCAGGGCAACGACAUCAUGUAUAACAUCCCCUCUCCUCGCCUUCAAAUCAUUGACGCCAACAACAGCUUCACCAUGGAGAUGCAUAUGUACACUUCGGAAGACUUCAGUGCAACCUACAAGAGUUCUGACUUCCCGCUUCAGGUCUCACCAUCUGACCGUCUUCACUUCGGCCUGAGCGUGGCGUCAUCGCUGGACAACCUGGAGCUGUUCGCCCGUGACUGUGUCUCCACCCCCACCACCGACCCUGACGACUCUCCUAGGGUCAGCAUCAUCGCCGAUGGCUGUCGGGUUGAUGAAACUCUACAAAAGGACAAUGACCUUUCUAACGACAAAGCCCUGUACUACAGUGUGGCCGCCUUCACGUUUCCCAACGCUCUCGACCCCAGCCUGGUGUACUUCCACUGCACCAUGAUGAUCUGCUUCAAGGACGACCCUGACUCUCGGUGCAAACAGGGCUGCAUCCCGCCAGCAAGGCGCAGGCGAGCCGUCUCGGACGGGACGGAGGGCAGGGUUCGCCGGGAGAGCAGCAGGGACAAGCAGGCGGACAUCACCCAAGGACCCUUCCAGGUGCAGUCCGGAGAAGCAGGAACAGGACCAGCCGGAGUGCCGCUGGGUACCGCGGUGGGAGCGGCUGUUGGAGUUGCCGGGAUCAUGGUGCUUCUAAUCGUGGCCGGUGUUCUGGCGAAGAAACGGGGCGGGAAGAAGAAGCGUGAUGACGACACUGUCGGACUUGACAACUACGCGUUCCAGAGUUGGGGAAAUAUGAGCAAGACUGGCAUUGCUGACACCAAGGCCUAA